UUUUUGUAAUGGUAUUUUUCUCCCCCGUACAACGUCACCUUUUCCAGUAUUACUAUUAUAAAAUUGAUAUGUCUAGAUUUUAGAUUAAGUGUGCUUGAUUAAGAGAAGAGAAGUAUUGCAAGUUAAAAGCCCCCCUCCCACCUGUGCUGUGUCGUCCCACUAGUACAGUGGCACAAUGAGGGUGGUACAGCUGAAACUGAAACAGAUUGUCAAGUUGGGGAUUGCUGCGUCAUGUCUGCUCUGUCUUGUCAUCAUCAUAACCAAGAUGGUGGCUGGCCCUGAGAAAAAGAUGAACCCACACAUGGAGAAGAUUGCAGAUGUGUUGCCACCCCCUGGCCUCCAGAACUGGAACCUGCAACUGAACCCAUUUGCUGACAACAUGCAGCCGCCAGUCAAAAGGGAGAACAAUGAUGAGAACCCAUUUCCUAAGAAGGAGUAUGGCCCUGCUGCUGUCUUUAAGGACAAUGUCUUGGGCAAUUAUGAACCUCCAGAAAUAAAACAAUAUGGACCAGGUGAGGAAGGCAAGCCUGUGGUGGUCAGUCUGGAGGAGAAGACAGAAGCUGACCGGCAGGUGAGAGAGUAUGGUUUCAACAUGGUGGCCAGUGACAAGGUGGCCAUGAACAGGACCAUCCCUGACACUCGCAUGCCUGAAUGCAAGUACUGGCAUUACCCUGAAGAGCUGCCUACAGCCAGUGUUAUUUUAGUGUUUUUCAAUGAAGGCUGGUCUACACUGAUUCGCACAGUGCACAGUGUUAUACACACCACACCUCCACGGCUUCUGAAAGAAGUGGUCCUCAUAGAUGAUGGUAGCGAUUAUGAUUUCUUGCAAGCCAAGCUGGAAGCUUAUAUCCAACAGUUCAAUGGCUUGGUCAAGUUGUUUAGAAAUCCUGAACGUCUUGGUCUGAUCACAGCUAGAACCAAAGGUGCUGAACACUCCACAGGGGAGGUGAUCGUUUUCUUAGAUGCUCAUUGUGAGUGUAAUAAAAAUUGGUUACCUCCCCUCCUAGCCAGGAUUAAAUAUGACAGAACAAUUCUGGCAGUUCCUAUUGUGGACGGCAUCAACUGGGAUACAAUGGCUUACUACCCUGUCUAUGACAACCAUCACCACAGAGGAAUCUUUGAGUGGGGCUUUCUCUACAAGGAAGGGCUAGUACCUGAGAGGGUGUUGAACCAGAGGGCACACCCCAGUGAGCCCUAUGCCUCCCCUACUCAUGCUGGAGGUCUGCUGGCCAUGGACAGAGCUUAUUUCUUUGAGCUCGGAGCUUAUGACCCUGGUCUGAAGAUUUGGGGUGGAGAAAACUAUGAACUUGCUUUUAAGGUCUGGAUGUGUGGUGGGAGCUCAGAGUGGGUUCCCUGCUCACGUGUGGGGCACAUCUACAGGGGACCCAGAACUGGAGGGGCACCUAAGAAACGUCAGCCAGAACCCAAAGUUCCACACUCAUAUGCUAACUACCUGCGGGUGGUGGAGGUGUGGAUGGAGGAUGAAUUCAAAGAAUAUUUCUACACACGGGAGCCAUGGUUACGUGGGGCACCAUUUGGGGAUGUCAGCCAACAGGUGAAAAUGAAGAGAGAAAAAAAUUGCAAAAGUUUCCGCUGGUUCAUGGACAAUGUUGCCUUUGAUGUUUAUGACAAGUUUCCACCUUUACCACCAAAUGUAGCGUGGGGGGAGAUCCGGCAUAAAGCCAGUGACCGCAAGUGCUGGGAUACCAUUGGUCAGUCUGUUAAUGGAGGACCCAUUGGGGUGUUCUUUUGCCAUAGCCAAGGUGGUAACCAGCUAUUCCGCAUCAAUACUAAGGGUCAGCUAGGGUUAGGUGAGCGCUGUAUAUUAGACGAGAACCAGGACACACUACACAUUCGUGUGUGUGACACACAGCCAGAGGGUCCCUGGGAGUAUAACAAGGCCUAUGGUCAGCUGCGGCACACAUCACUGAACAAGUGUAUUGGUACAGGAGAGGAUGAUAAGCUCCACCUACAAGCUUGUGAUACCAGCAACGAGUCCCAACAGUGGGAGAUAAACGAGGUUUACCCGUGGAAAGAUAAAUGAUGAGCCUGUCAUCUGGAGUGUUGCUUGACUCAUGCUGCUUGUCUCUUUACUUAACAUGACACGUUUUUUAUGUUUUAGCUUUAAAAAUAUUUGAUUUAUAUCAUGUAAGGAAAAAAUAUUUCAAAACCUUGUGCAAAUAAUAACUUACACUUACCAUUACAGCUACACCAACAUACUUACAAUUACGGCCACACCAACUAACACAUACCAUUACACUACAGCUGCACCAACUUACACUUACCAUUACAGCUACACCAACAUACUUACUAUUAAGGCCACACCAACUUACACUCACCAUUACAGCUACACCAAUUUACACUUACCAUUACAUUACAGCUACACCAACUUACACUUACCAUUACAGAUACACCAAUUUACACUUACCAUUGUUUACAGCUAAACCAACUUACACUUACCAUUAGAUUACAGCUACACCAACUUACACUUAACAUUACAGAUACACAACUUACACUUACCAUUUGACAUCUUUACCGGCUGUAAGUUACCACUUUGACUUCCUGUGACUAGAUUGUAUUGCUUGCUACCAAUGUUAUUUUGUGUGCUGAUUUUUGAAACUGUUCUGAUAUAUGACAUAAUCCACAAUUGACCUCCCAUCACCUCUCUCCUGGCAUAGCUACCCCCUUUCUUUAAUCAUACCCCUCACCCCCUGCUAGUUUGGAUAUAAGCCCCCUAAAUAAUACGAAUCCUCUCCCCUCCCUCAGACAUAACCCCUCCUUCAAACAUAACACCUCCCUCAGACAUAACCCCUCCCUCAGACAUAACCCCUCCUUCAAACAUA